AUGGGCGGAUUCAUGCAGCCACAGGCCCACCUGCAGGUGAUGUGCAACAUGACGGACUUCGACAUGGAGCCCCAGGCGGCUUUGAACGCGCUGCGCUUCCAGGUCAUCGGCGACACCACGAUAAUAGAGGAAGGGCUGGCGCCGGAGGUCAUUGGCGGGCUGAAGGGCCUGGGCCACCGCCUGGAGAUGAUACAAGGCCACGCCCGGGUCGGCAUGGGCGGCGGGCAGGUCAUCCAGCGCAACCCGGAGACGGGGGUGCUAUGGGCCGGAUCCGAACCCCGCAAGGACGGUUGCGCCAUAGGCUUUUAG